CUUUCAUCAUCCGCUACACGGCAAGCACAAUGAGCUCCUCUAUCGAUGGAACUGACGACCAUGUCUUUGUCCGGCAUUCGCCGAUCUUCCGGUUGGCGGUCACUGGGGCAUUGAUGAUCUUGCUUUCGAAGACCGUCUACAACCUCCUCUUUCACCCACUCGCAGAUUUCCCCGGUCCCUUUUUGGGCCGUGCGUCGCUGUUUUGGCGAUUUCAGCAUACUGCAGGUGGCAAAAUCCACAUUGCAAUCGAGGAAUUGCAUCGACAGUAUGGACCCAUUGUCCGCAUCUCACCAAAUGAACUCUCCUUUGCAUCCGUUGAGUCCUGGCGCGUCAUCUACGGACAUGCUUCUCCAGGCAAAGAAGUCAUGCGCAAGAGCCCAUUCUAUGACAUCUACGGCUCUGGCUUUAGACAUUCCUGUAUUGGUAGCGAGAGGGAUCCGAAGAAGCAUGGAAACAUGCGGCGGAUGCUGUCUGCAGCGUUCUCGCAGCGGGCUUUACUUGAACAGGAGGCAAUAGUUGCCAGUACGAUUGACAGAUUUGUGGAAGUACUUGGAGAGCAAAUGAAGAGCGGAACCGAAGCGUUGAACAUGACGAAAUGGUACGAGAUGGUCAGCUUCGAUAUCCUUGGGGAGAUGGCCUUCGGAGAAUCUUUCCACAGUAUUGAAACUGGUCAACCCCACUUCUGGUCGGACCUGAUACUGGAGCAUUUAUAUUUCAUCACUUUGAUCGACAAUCUGAGCCGUCUUCCUUUCGCGGCGACAAUCUUUAGGACGCUCUUCCCUUCCACACUCAUUGCUAAGAAUCGAAAUUCCGAGUUCAGCAGAAAGCAGGUCGAAAGGCGUCUGAAUUCCCAAAGCUUGCGGAAAGACUUUCUCACUCACCUUGUCCAGAAGGUGCGCGACGGCGAAGUGCAGCGGGAGGAGAUGACAGCACAUGUUUCAACACUAGCCAUCGCUGGCGGCGAAACCGUCUCGACUUUUCUUGCUGGUACCACCUUCUUCCUGCUCAAGAAGCCAUCCGCUAUGGAGAAACUCAGCUCCGAGAUUAGAAAUGCAUUUCCGUCUUACGAGGCAAUUAACGCGCAGAAGGCGCAGCAGCUACCGUAUCUGCAAGCCGUAAUCCACGAAGGACUCCGAAUGUACCCCCCUGGUUCGCAAGGCUUUCCACGAGUCUCAACAGGGUUUGAACUGCAUUCAAGAUACAUCCCCCCUGGAGCCGAAGUGUACACGAGUGCAUGGGCCGUGACUCAUGACCCAGAGUACUGGGACAGCCCAAUGGAGUUUGUCCCCGAACGAUGGCUUGAGAGUAAGAGCCAAGACAUGCGAGAAGCAAGUCAGCCAUUCUCACUGGGGCCGAGAGGCUGUCUUGGUCGAAAUUUCGCAUACAUGGAAAUGUUCCUACUACUGGCUAAAAUGCUAUGGAAAUAUGAUCUCGAACUGGUAAACAAGAACAUGGAUUGGUUGAAAGAAGGGAAGGUGUAUGUGAUGUGGUGGAAGCCUAAGCUUAUGGUUCGGUUUCAUCCACGUAAUGACGUAUGA